GGGGAGGCCGGUGGCAGGGCGAAUCUGAUGGCGCCCCUUUGCUGCAGGCUGCAGAGGUGCAGGAAGAUGGCCGAGGAGCCAGAAGGGCUGCUGGCCGAGCUCAGCAGGCUGCGGGAGCAGCUGGAGCAAAGCCAGCAGGAGAGGGGCUGUUGCAGGGAGCUGCUGCGGUGCCUGCAGGAGGAGAAGCAGGAGCUGCAGGACGCUGCCCAGGAGCUGGCCAGGGAGAACUGUGCCCUCCGCCAGCGGGGCUGCAGCAGCCACCAGGAGCUCCAGGGCCUGGAGGAGCUGCUGCCGCAGCUGGAGGAGCGCUUGCAGGCAGCCAAGGGGGAGAGAGGCAGGAGGCUGCAGGAGCUGGACAAGGAGAAAGAGCGCUCGGCCCAGCUGAAGGAGCAGCUGCGUGAGCAGGAGGCGCGGGCGAAGGUGCUGCGUGCUGCAACGAGGCAGCUGCGAGAGGAAGUGGACGAGCUGGAGCUGGAAAACGCCUACAAGCAGCAGACAGAGCAGGAGCCCGAGGCGGAGGGGUCUGUGCUGCCGGAGCUGCUGGAAGCCCAGCUGGAGAGGGAGGAGCUGGCGAAGAGAUGCGGCAUCGCUACGUGGCUGCCGAGACUCUGCGUGCUCUUCAUGUGCCUGGAGCUGGUCGUCGGCUUGGUGCUGGGCGCUGUGGUUCUCUAUGCCUCGCGGCACGACCAAGAGCUCCUCUUCCGACUGCUGCUGUGGCUGCUACCCGAGGAGACCUACGCCCGCCUGGCAUACUUGCUGGGAGAGAGCCUGAGCCUGCGCAGUGAGGGGCUGCUGCCCUUCUGACAGCCGUUCCCCGGCCCUGCAGCUCUGUCGGCCUCGGCCUCCCAGAGCCUGCAGGGUGAACGCUGAAUAAGAUGUCCUCGAUGCCCCCUCCUUGCAGUCCAGCGUGCU